AAUCAUAGGUUCAGUGGUCAUUGGGAGGAAAGAAAACGCAGUCCGAGAAGAGAAAAAAUAAAACGAAGCGAGCAAUAAGAGAUUCCCUGCUCGCAGCAGGGCUGUGUUUUUGCGUGUUGUUCGGUCGAUUGUGUAUCGGAAAGGAAAUUAAUAAAAUAAUAUUUUAAAGAAUACACGGAACAGAAGAAAAAAAAAUUGUAAAAGUUGAAAGAAAAGUUGAAGUGCCAAAAGUUCUGCGGACUUCGUGUGUGAAAACGUGUUAUAUUUGCGUUGUACGCUUCAGCUGACGGACGGAAUACUUCCCAAAUAGAUACUUUCCCGAUGAUUUCGCUUCAGUCUCAUAAUCAGGUCUUGUACCACCUGACACAAUUGACAUCAGCAUUCACACCAAUAACAUCUUCAAUAUCAACCAGAAUAAAGAGACAUGAAAAUGUCAAUGCUCAUAUAUCGACCGAUGAACUUUGUCCCGAAAGUCUUAGCGAGGCAGCAAAAAAUUUCAGAGGGUUCGAAUUACACAACCUUGUAAUUGAAUCGAUAGGCAAUCCACCAAAAUUUCGUCAGCUUCUUGACGAAAUUUCGGUGGGAAGAGUGAAGCGGCCACUAAAUAAAUGUAGCAUAUGGAACGUUUCGUAUGUAUCUGGGAAAUGUUUUGCGGACAACAAACGAGAUUUGUCAUGUUCACCGAUUUCCGAGCCUAUUUUACUACCGGUUAUAAAAUGUUCUCUCGAACGAGCAAGGAACACGAUGAGAAACGACAACUUUUUCAUCGGGCCACAUUCACAUCGAGGUAUUUCGAUACGUAGCUUUAGAACAAACAGGAACAUUGAAGCAGAAAUGGAAAGAAAUCCUACAAUCACUGCACGACUUCGAAAAUGGAUGGGUUUAACAAAGGCCACGCACGAGAACGGGAAAUCCGGAAUGACGAUUGAUCAGACAAAUCUCGAGAAUUUUAAGACUCUACUAAACGAUCAUGAUAUGACGAAAGACGAGAAGCAAAGGAUGAAAGUUGCAUUCGCCGAGGGUUAUCUAGCUGGGAAUGGUCGUAAGGUGCCCGGUCGAACCGUCCGCUGGCUUAAAAUCUUGCAGCAGGUGGUAAUGAUCGGCAUUACCUUCAUCGUUCUCAUAUCUGUAAUGGCGAGUACAAACGGAAGUAUGUUUAGAAUUCAAAUUGGCAAGCAAGGCAUGAUCGAUCCUGAGGAAAUAAAUGUGACUUUCGAAGACGUUAAAGGGGUCGACGAAGCAAAAAGCGAGCUCAAGGAUGUCGUCGAAUUCUUAAAAAACCCCGACAAAUUUUCGGUUCUCGGUGGAAAAUUACCCAAAGGUGUUCUCCUCGUUGGGCCACCGGGAACGGGAAAGACGCUUUUGGCACGUGCGGUUGCGGGUGAGGCUGGUGUCCCAUUUUUCCAUGCCGCGGGACCAGAAUUUGACGAGAUUCUCGUUGGCCAGGGAGCACGAAGAGUUCGUGAUUUGUUCAAGGCUGCGAAAGAACGUGCUCCUUGUGUAAUAUUCAUCGACGAGAUCGACUCUGUAGGUGGAAAACGUACCAAUUCGGUGCUUCAUCCAUACGCGAAUCAAACGAUAAAUCAACUCCUCUCCGAAAUGGAUGGUUUCCAUCAAAACGAAGGAGUCAUUGUUCUCGGGGCGACGAACAGACGCGACGAUCUUGAUAAAGCUCUUAUGCGACCGGGACGUUUUGACGUUGAAGUUUUCGUCAGCACGCCCGAUUUCAUCGGUAGAAAAGAAAUAAUUAGUUUAUAUACGAAGAAAAUACUUACGAAGCAGGUUGAUGUAGAUUAUUUGGCACGAUGUACGACCGGCUUUACGGGUGCUGAUAUAGAAAAUAUGGUUAAUCAAGCAGCUUUAAAAGCCGCGAUCGAAGGAGCGGAGUUCGUUACGAUGCGGCAUCUCGAACGAGCACGAGACAAAGUGAUUCUUGGUCCUGAGGGAAAAGGAAGGAUGCCCGAUGACGAGGUUAACCGUAUAACAGCCUAUCACGAGGGCGGACACGCUCUCGUUGCUUUUUACACCAAAGAAGCGACUCCUCUGCACAAAGUCACUAUUGUACCUCGCGGACCUUCUCUUGGACACACUUCUUUCUUACCAGAGAAAGACGUAUAUCACGUGACGAAAGCACAGCUUAUGGCAAAAAUGGAUACGAUGAUGGGCGGAAGAGCUGCCGAAGAGCUGAUAUUUGGACCUGAUCGUGUAACCACCGGAGCGUCGAAAGAUCUCCAGGACGCCACUAGAAUAGCCGAGGAAAUGGUUAAGCGAUUUGGAAUGUCGGAUAAGGUCGGCUUUCGAUUCCACACAGAUCCAAAUCAGUCGUACAGAAUUAAUUCACCGGAAUACAGUCCAAGUACGAGUGAACUGAUUGACGGCGAGGUCAAGAGACUUUUGCAGGAAUCUUACGAGAGAGCAAAAAAUAUACUGAAGACACACACCAAGGAGCACAAGCUUUUGGCGGACGCUCUUUUGAAGUACGAGACACUUGAUGUCGAGGACGUAAAUGCGAUAGUAAAUGGCAAAAAACCACAAGUCGAAUUGUUGAACGAGUCUACUAGAACCCCGAUUAUUGAAAUUCCCACGAACGUCCUGUAAAUAUAAGGGAAUUUUCACAGUCUCUCCCUUACUAACUAAACAAAUUUAAAUUCGGCAGUGUAUCGCGUCUCUUUUUCGCUGAGUCCCCGAGACUAGGAACUUUAGCGCGAAAAUCAAACGAUUGAAUGAGUCCUCGCGCUUGGAGAACUUCCGGCCGUACUUUUUUGUUCUUCAUUUCGAAACUACGAUCGUCGGGCAAUCACUUUUCCAUCGGCUCGGUAAACAAAAAUGAAUAAAGACGAGGACAACACGCCAAAUAAUUGAGAAAACCACAUAUAAUAAACAAAUUUAUGAUUCUCGGUCGAUCGAACGUGAGGAAAAUUCGAUAUUCCGCGAUAUUUUCAAAUCGCGGUUAAAUAUUGUUGAAAAUUUUAAAAAGCGUGCUUCGUCGCGACAUAGAUAGUUAACAUUGCGAGACGAGAUUAAAAUGAAAAUAAAUAAUGUGACUGCAAUUGAACGGCUGGUGUAUGCACGAGAUGAAUAAAUUUUGUACAGUAAACAAA